AUGCAUCUCCCGAGACAUACCAUCGAGUCACAUGCUGUUGUUCCGCUCUUCCAACACGUAAGCUUUUGCUCCCCGGAUCCGCCAAGUUUCGCACAUGCUUCGUCCAAAUCAGCAGACGAUGGCUUGGACCAGCUCUCCCAACCGUCGAUUUUCAGCUGCGCCAGCCUCAACGGCUUCAUGGUAGCUCAGACAGAUCCUUUGAAGCUGGUUGCGAAUCGAACGUGGACAUCAUCUCAGGGGGGACUAUCGCAUGCCGUACCAGUAGAGCAUACCUCUCUACUCUUUCUAGUUGGUGGUGGUCGCGUUCCUCGCUUCGCACCCAACAAGGUCGUACUUUGGGAUGAGGCAGCCGAAUACACAACCAAAAGCUCCGCGGGUGAUUCUACGAACCACGACUCGGAUGAUGAUGACGAUGGUCUUGCAUCUGUGACGUCUCGACGUGCUUCAACCAUCUUCUCCGCUGGCUCCAAAUUUGACGCCUAUGGAAGACAUCAAGAAGACAGUCUUGAUAGCGUCGAACAACUGGAAAAUUCACCAGAGAAUCAAAGCCGUUCCUUCUCACCAGUCAACAGUCUGCGCUUCUCGACCUCUUCUCUAGUCAACUCGGGCGACAUGCGACUGGACGAAGAUCAGCAGAGCGGUCCCACUGCAAACGCCGAGGGAGGACGAGGCUAUGGACAUGCUUCGGAUGAUGAGGGGAUGGUACUCAACACCGGAGCAAGCUCGCUUGGCAUUGGUCGACUUCAGGCCUCACACCUUUCCGAUGCAUCUAAUCGUGCUGGGGCCACUUCCGUCUUGCUGAAGGAUGAGUCUGCAGACAUGACCUCCGAGGACUGUUCACAUUCCAUCAUGGCUAGUUCUGCUAACCUAGCCGAUCCGUUUGCGGAAGAUGAUGUGCGCUCGCCACAGUCAAGCUCACCGCCGACAACGCGGCAUGCCGUGCCAUCUCACUCAGAUUUUGAUGCCCGUCAUCUCGCAGGAUCAUCAUCAUCUGCAGCCCGACUUUCAGCGAAGGAUGCCCCCGAUCCAACCUCUCCACAAGGCCUCUUCUCGACCCCGUCCUCUCGAUCAUCUGGGGCUAGACUCGUUGACUCGGUCUCCAGUAUGGCCACCACCGCUACUGAUGCCACCGCAAAGGCACCACCCAAGGUUAUGCGUGGCCGCGAGGUGGCAGAGCUUGAAUUCAGCGAGGUCGUUCGUGGCAUCUGUGCCACCUCGAUCCAUCUCGCGAGGCCGAAUGGAAAACGAGACGCCAGCAAAGGCAAAGGUCGCGCUUCGACAGACAAUGCUGGUGCCAAAAGCACUGACGUGAAGCAAGUCUGCGUUGUUCUUGUGGUUCUUCUCGCCUCGAAAGCCGUCGUAUUUGAACUCUCGCCACCGUCCACAAAUCACAGCAUGGAUCUCAGCAUGGAAAGCAGGAAAGAGACCGCGACUUGGAGAAUCCAGAAAAGAGCUGCUUUGCAGACUUAUAAGAAUCUCAAAGGUCUUGCUUCUGCCGCACCGUGCUAUCUUGCGGAUAUGACUGACGCGACAAGAGUCCGGCGUAAUGCCAUUGUCGCGGUACCUGGCAGACAAAAGGGUCAUGUUCAGCUCCUACGUCUCAAUUUGCAUAGCUGUGCAGCAGACAAAGCGAAUCCGGUCUCGUCGAACGUCGCUUCCUCACUCGGCGCCGCAAGUAUCAUCGUCGCCCACGACUCGUCGCUGGCCGCUAUUUCACUGAGUCCGAACGGUCAACUACUAGCCACUGCCUCUUCAAAAGGCACCCUGAUACGCAUCUGGUCCAACAAGCUCUCUGGAGGCGGCUCGAGAUCCGGAGGAGACAGAGUCAGCGCCUCUUCUGCCGGCGCAAAGUCUCAAGCACCUGGUAGGACCGGAUUCGGCACCAAGCUGAUGCGCGAACUGCGUCGUGGAACAGACCCAGCCACGAUAUUAAGCCUCGCCUUUGCUCCAGAUGCCUCUCUAGUCGCCGCUGCCAGCGACAAAGGCACAAUCCAUAUCUUCUUACUGUCGGACGUUGCGUCGGCGUCAGUUCAGGCCACGCCAGGGGCGCAAGGUCGGUCAUCGCCUUCAUCUGCUUCUUCUCGAGCCUCUCUUCUUGGGCGGGCUGCAGCGCAGUAUCUCCCCUCGGGCAUUGGCAAUCUCGCAGGACAGAUCCCGCCAUCGGUGCUCCCGCAGUACCUCAAGUCGGAAUGGAGCAGCGCCCAGUAUCGCAUACCGCUCAAGAGCUUUGGCGCUUCCUCUCGCCACUACUCAAGUGCAUCCACCUCAAAUGACAGUGGCAUGUAUGGGGUAAGUGGCACAGCCGCAGCGCCAGUCGGUACAGAAAAGUCAACAGAAGGCGCCUGGGCACAAAUGCGCAAUCGAAUCAGCGACAUCCGCAAAGGAGAAGCGAAUGUGGACGAGAAGCUCUUCCUCUGCUGGAUAGUGGAAGGAACCGCUCUAUAUGAUCAUCCUUCGACGGCGGCCAUCAAGAGCGCCAAAUCUGUUGGUCAGCAAGGGCGGGCGGACAAGGCAAAGGUGCGAUCGGCACCAACUUCAGCGGGGCCCAGGGUAUCCGACACGGCGCGCGACGAUCCUCUACAGCGAUAUUGCUUGAUAGCGGUAACAACGUCGGGUGGUUGGUACAAGCUCGCCAUCACUGUACCCAAGCCUGCAUCCUUGGACGACGACAACUCGGGCUCCACCGUGCUGGACAUGUACCGCAGCGAUGCCUCGAUACAGUCGAGACGCUCGAAAUCAGACAAGGACAACGCGAUGAAUUGCAAGCUGGUUGAGUUCCGCCCGAUGGUCGCGCUGCUGGACGGCUGGAGGGCAUGA